AUGCUUCGUUGCGCUCCUCGACGCCUUGCUUCAUUACGAUGCACUAGCAAUUAUUCCCGGUAUUUCACAGUUUUGGCGUUGGAAUCGUCCGCAGACGACACAUGCGCCGCCGUGGUUACCUCUGAGCGACAGAUUUUAUCGAAUGUCGUGGUAUCCCAGAAUGAGCUACAUGCAAGUGCUGGGGGUAUCCAUCCAUAUGUUGCCAUCGCAGGUCAUCAAAGGAACAUGCCAGGUGCCAUAAGGCGGGCUUUGGAAGAGGCCAAGAUAGAGAUGUCGCAAGUCGACGGAAUCGCAUUCACAAGAGGCCCAGGAAUUGGCGGCUGCCUCAGCGUGUCCUCUAACGCUGCCAAGAAUCUCGCAGCAGCGCUGAACAAGCCCCUAGUAGGUGUCCAUCACAUGCAAGCUCAUGCCCUCACGCCUCUUCUAACCACCCCCAAGCCCUCCCUCCCUCACUUUCCGUUCCUGACACUUCUGGUCUCGGGCGGACACAGUCUCCUCGUGCUUGCAUCCUCCCUCACGAAGUUCGAGAUCCUCGCAACAACCGGCGAUGAGAGCGUCGGCCGCGCAUUCGACAAGGUCGCGCGCAUGCUCGGGCUCGACUGGGGAGAGAAAGGGUACGGCGCCGCGUUGGAAGCAUUCUGCGCCGAGGGCCGUCAGCAGUUCGGGAGCGAUACCAAUGUUGGCCCUGACAUAUCGAUUCCCCGGCCGAUGCCGCGUCAGCUCGCCUUCUCGUUCUCCUCCCUCCAUUCGAGCGUCGAGCGCUUCAUACAUGCGCGCGGCGGAAUCCAGAACCUGGAUACACGCGAGCGCUGGCGGCUCGCGAUGGCAUUCCAGGAGGCAGCGGUAGCACAGCUGGAGGAGAAGGUUGAGCUUGCGCUGGGGGUGUGCGCGAAGAGGGGACUCAGGAUCGGGGAUGUGGUGGUUAGUGGCGGGGUGGCGAGUAAUAUGUAUCUGAGGAGCAGGCUACACGAGUGUCUGUCCCGAUCAGAGAACACUUCUCCGAUCAACCUGCUGUUCCCCCCUCCCAAUCUAUGUCGAGACAACGCUGCGAUGAUCGCGUGGGCCGCUAUGCACCGCUUCCUUGCGGGAGACCUUGACGAGUACUCUAUCGAGCACCGGGCGAAAUGGAGCAUCGAGGAUAUUUAA